GUUCGCGCUAAAUCACUUACAUAAGCGAUCGUGUUAUUGGCUUGCUUCCCUUCACACUCAACCUUCAAGGAAGGUGAUCCCAAGAAGAUUUCCAAAAGAUUAUACUGAACUCGGAUUUUGAGACUAGUGAAAUCAUUGUAACGAACUACUAACUUGGUCUGUGAAGACAUGACCAACACAUUAUCAACCGACAUUCAGCAAGAGACACAGUCGUAUGGUACAUAUCGCACUCUCCUACUCUGAUAUUGACGAUUUCGACGAUUACAGGUACCUAUUACGGCCGAUCAAAUUGGAAAUCGAAACUCGAAGGCAUGAAAGCCACAAAGAGAAUGGCGUAUCACGCAGAAGUUCGAUCGUCUGAGCCGAGAAGGCGACAUGGAGUGAAACCCCUGAAGGGUCAGGAUUGGCCGAGUACCGCUUCGCAAAGCACAUCAGUGAGUUGAUCUGGAACCACCAUCUGUACAACAGAAUAAAGCUUGUAGAAGAUAACGCCUAGGGAUGACGCCCACACACCGCAGGGCUGAUAUGGUGGCCGAGUCGGAGAUCGGCUCUCCGCUAAGCCCGGACCCUUACCUACCCAACCUCGAACUCCAACAUAUCAAAUACCAGAUACCAUCACCCGAAUCACAGACUUUUACAGUACUCUCCAUCAUGGUUGGCUCAAUACCAAACGAUAUAUUCCAAUUCUCCACCUACGCAGCUCUCAACGCCGGAUUCAAUCAAGGCCAACCCCGAACCGCAGACCUUACUUCCCACGGCACAGAUGGCAUUGGUGUUUACGAAGAUGGCAGUCUCAUGAUCUUGAAAGACCGACAAGCGUACGCACUUACCAAGGAUGGAAAAGCAAAGUCAGCACCCAUGAAUGCACGCCUUCCUCUCGCAUUGGUCACAGUAUACCAGCCAACUUUUCGUCUGAAGAUCGGGUCGAUAUCUCUGGAAGCCCUUGAUGAGCUCGUUUCAUCCGAUGAUGUGGGUCCAGCGAAGGGUGUAAAUACUCUUAUGCCCUUUAAGAUCGCCGGUCGUUUCGAUUCGAUAGAGUUCGAAGAUGGGCCCAGUAGAAAUGCAAUCGACGGUACGCUGUUCGGCUUCGUGGUGCCAGCCUGGAUGAAGGCUAUCAGCGGCCCACGGAUCCAUGCACAUUUCCUGGACGCAAACGAGGAGGUCGGAGGGAGGGUUGUAGAUUUCACCAUGGCGGAAGAAGCAGUGUUUAGUUUUGCGAAAUGCGGUAGAUUUCACUUGGGCUUUCCGCAGGGGGGAGAGUGGGAGGAGAUGAAGUUGUGAUUGGAGCGGUGUGCUCGAGAUUGGACGACUUUCAUCGCGUUGAUCGCUUUAUAAAACUGUCGCGAUCGUCUGAACAUGAUAACACUACCAGGCACUUAGACACCAUAUAAUUACGCAGCUCCAUCGACACCAUCGUUCUGCCCCCUUGUUUCAUACGCGUCCUCACCAUCGCUGUUUCAAUCGCAAUGGCAUUGACGAACAUGUCUCAGGGCUUUCUUCGACGACAUAGAAACCCUCGCCGUUGUCGUUGGCUUGUUGCGUUCUCUUGUUUUCGUCGAAUCAUGCAUCGUUUUCGAUAUUUGCGCUGCUAGAAUCAAGCCC